UCUCAGUCUUCUUCUUCUUCUUCCUUUUCCUUCUUCCUUCUUCCCCAACACACUUGCCAUGACGACUCUGAGCCAAGCAAUCAGUUGGACUGCGCACGGCUUUGCAAGCUUCUUUUACGUCACGUCGCCGGCAGACGCAGUGGAAGACGUCCACAAGGUGCCAAAGUACCUCGUCCACGCGCUGCCCUUCUUUGCCAUUGCCAUUGUGAUUGAGUUUCUCGUCUCGCUGGGCCACGAUCGCAAGAAGCGAUACUUCCGCCUGAACGACUCGUUCUCGUCCAUCACGGCUGGCAUUCUCCAGCAGCUGUCCACCUUCUUUUUGCGCGGCAUUGAAAUUGCGUCGUACAUUUGGGUCUACGACAACUUUAACCUGAUCAAGCUCGACUGGAGCGCGCCGUCAACCUACUGGCUGUGCUUCCUCGGCGUUGAUCUCGGCUACUACCUCUUCCACCGCUAUGCGCACGAAAUCAACCUCUUCUGGGCGGCGCAUGUCGUGCACCACAGCUCGGAAAACUACAACCUGACCACCGCCUUGCGCCAGUCCGUCUUCCAAACGUACACGUCCUGGUUUUUCUACUUGCCGCUCGCGCUGGCCAUCCCGCCAUCCAUCUUUGCCAUCCACCGUCAGUUCGACACGUUGUACCAGUUCUGGAUUCACACCGAGCUUGUUGGCUCGCUCGGCCCGCUCGAGUGGAUUCUGAACACCCCGUCCCACCACCGCGUUCACCACGGCCGCAACCGCUACUGCAUUGACAAGAACUAUGCAGGCACGCUCAUCAUUUGGGACCGUCUCUUUGGCACCUUUGCGUCGGAGGACGAGCCCGUCGUGUACGGUCUUACGCACCCCAUCGGCACCUGGGAUCCCCUCUGGACGCAGGUCCACCACAUUGUUCACAUUGCGCAAAAGGUCUACGCCGUGCCUGGCAUUGGCAACAAGCUUUCCGCGCUCUUCAAGGGCCCUGGCUGGGUGCCCGGCUCGGAGCGCCUCGGUGACCCGAACGGCAUCCCCGACGUCCGCGCCCCUUGGCCGCAGUACGACACGACGCUGCCCUCCUUCCUGUCGCUCUACGUCUGCGCGCAUUUUGUGCUCGUCAUGAUUGGCUUUACCCUGCUGGCGUCCGUCCGCUCCCACCUGCCCGUGCUGUUUGUCAACGGCUUGGCUCUGUAUCUGCUGUACUCGCUCACGUCCUUUGGCGCCAUGUUUGAUCGCAAAAAGUACGCCUUUGCCAUGGAGAUUUCGCGCAUCAUCCUGUUCCUGGUGCUCGAGCUCGGAUUCUGGUACGGCUACGGCGACGAGUUUGUCUUUUUGUGGUACCGCGAUCCCUCCGUUCCCGGCUACGUCCACCGACCGCUCAAGGCUGUGCGCGCCUUUUACAUUUUCUCUGGUCUCUGGCUGGUGGGCCGAUUCUUCUUCUUUUCGUUCUACGGCCAGCCCGAGGUCGAGGAAAAGCUGCAACAACAACAACAACAACUCGAAAAGCCGCAAUCGGCCGAGGCGAGCUCCACCACAGCCGCUACCACUGACAGCAGCGUGUCGAACGAUGCCAGUGAGAAGGCGCCCACUCGGCCACACAAGUCUGUGAAGGCAGAGUAGUUCUGAUUGAGGGUUUUUUCUUCUUUUGUCGUUCCUGUUGUGCAGCGUUGUUUUUUUUGGUUGUUGGUCUGUCAGGGUGCUGGGUCAUCGCUUGUCGUCUUUGUGUAUGUGUGUAUGUGUGUAUGUGUGUGUGGCUUGUGUUUAUCAUCUUCGAGCCCAUCCUGCAAUACUUUGUUAUUCAAUGUACUUUUAGUGGCCGAACAAAAAUGGGAUCAUUCAC